GUUUUUAUUAGUACACCCUGUAUAUAUAGCAUAAGUAUUAGACAAAGAAAGAGAAAGGACACGUAACAAGUAUGUCAUUAUGCCAUUAUUUUGGUGCCAAGCAUUUUGGCGAUAAAAAUAAAAGUUCACUGUUUUAUUUCCAACAUGUUACGCCUCUGGUCAAAGAGCAUUGAUGUCAUAAUAGUACAUAAUUUCCUGUGACGUUACGACUUCUUUUUAUACCUCUCUAGUCUUCAUGACCUUAGUCUAAGCCAUGGAGGCAUAACUCCAUGGUCUAAGCUCUAUUUUAUCAGAGGUGGGAUCUGGUGUGUAGUUCUAUGACAUGACAUUAACAUAAACAUAUGCGUUUCGAAGGAGAAUAUAUACAAUUAUUAUUAAUGUCAAAUAGAAAAGUAUCAAUCAAACUAUUUAAUAAAAAAUGAAUUUUUUAUGUGCUUCUGUGGUAGUUCUAUUAUUAGCUCCGAUUUUUCUAAACCCUUCAGUGAGAGCUGAUGAAGAAAAAGGUGAAAACGUCAAUACUGAUUCUACUGAAAAGGCAAAAGAAGAAAAAAUCGAAAAAAUUACCACACUUAAUACUGACCAACAUAAAACCGAAAGCGUUAAAACCACUGUCAAGAUUAAAAGGAAUAAAAAAAGUAAACCCGAUCCAAAAUUAAGAAGUGAAGAUUCUUUAAGCUCACUAGCUGCCUCUUGUAACAAAGGUAAGAAUGGUUUUUACGAACCAAGCAAAAUAAUGGUAUCCUUGCUAAUAUCGGUAAAGGAUGGCUACAAACAUGUUUGUUCUGGAGUAAUCUUGAAUGAAAAUCAUGUUCUAACUUCUGGAAGCUGUAUGAAAAUUGGUGGCGAACGUCCAGACUCUGUUGUUGAAAUGUGGAAAAUGGAAGCAUUUAUGGAUGAGCAUCAACAAGAAGAUAUAAUUUACAAUGGAGACGUAACGCCAGUAAUUGCAUGGUUCAUCUCACAAAUUGAAGCGGCUGUAUUGAAAUUAGGCAAUCCAAUCCAAGAAGGUUUGUUAGUGCAUUAUGCACAUCUUCCAGGAAACGAAGUAUCUGGCGUCUUCCAUAAUUUCUGCCCAUCGAUAAUAUCAAUGGGAUGGGGUUUCAAGAAAAACAAACCUUCCAAAUACCUGCAGUGCGUAGAAGUACUACGAUUACCAGAUGAUGUAUGUAAAGAAGCAUGUACGCAAUUUAUAGAACAAGGACAGUAUGCAUACGAUAAGGAGUUAACAUUUUGUACAGUCAGUUCUAAUAAUACCCAAGUCGAUGUAGGUAGUCCCCUUAUAUGCAAUGGUUACAUGGUGUUUGCUAUGACAAUUGCAUCUGAAGAUCCAUCGCUACCACAACUUAAUUUCAGAGUAGAUAAAGAAUUAACCUUUAUUUAUAACGCUUUGGGAAAUCCUAAAAAAAGAUUGGGAAUGAUGAGAUCAGCAGGAUGCGAUUUAAAUAUGUUUUAUUUCAAAUACGUGUCAUUUUUUAUCGUUCUUGUUUGUAUAACUGUAAAUUAAAUGUUUACAAAAUUUUCAAGAUACAAAUGAACUUCUGGGGAUAUUUAUAAUAUAAUAAAAAAUAUUAUGUGGG